AAAAAAAAGUUUGAACGUUAGAAAAGAAAAGGUCAGCUUCAUUUCACGGACACUCAAACCUCCCAAGAAAGCUCCCUGCUUUUUAUUCAACUACGCAACAACGAAACUUUCCAUUUUUUUUCUUCUUCUACUCUGAAAAAGAAGACUGAACACAAAGGGAAAAGAAGAGAUUUUGCGAGAGAGAAGCUUGGCUUUAUGGCUGCUAUUAAUACCACUAAAGAGUCUAGCAGCUCUGGUUCAACAUCAGAGGGAGGAGGAGCUGGUCAUCACCAUGGAAGUAAAAUAAAAGGAGUCUUAACUCAUGGAGGUCGUUAUGUUCAGUAUAAUGUUUAUGGUAACUUGUUUGAGGUUUCUAGCAAGUAUGUCCCUCCUAUUAGACCUAUUGGUCGUGGUGCUUAUGGCAUUGUCUGUGCUGCUGUGAAUUCAGAUACGCAUGAGGAAGUUGCUAUAAAGAAGAUUGGUAAUGCAUUUGACAACAGAAUAGAUGCUAAAAGGACACUGAGGGAAAUUAUGCUUCUCCGACACAUGGAUCAUGAAAAUGUUAUUGCUAUCAGGGACAUAACACGGCCACCCAAAAAGGAGGCCUUCAAUGAUGUCUACAUUGUUUAUGAAUUAAUGGACACUGAUCUUCAUCAGAUUAUUCGUUCUGAUCAAGCACUGAAUGAUGAUCAUUGUCAGUACUUCUUGUAUCAGUUAUUGCGAGGAUUGAAAUAUGUACACUCAGCCAAUGUUCUGCAUCGUGAUCUAAAGCCCAGCAAUUUGCUUCUCAAUUCAAAUUGUGACCUUAAAAUUGGAGACUUUGGGUUGGCAAGGACAACAUCUGAAACAGAUUUCAUGACUGAGUAUGUGGUCACUCGUUGGUACAGAGCACCGGAGUUGCUCCUUAAUUGCUCAGAGUACACUGCCGCAAUUGACAUUUGGUCUGUUGGUUGCAUACUUGGUGAGAUUAUGACCAGAGAACCUUUAUUUCCAGGGAAAGAUUAUGUUCAUCAGCUGAGGCUUAUUACAGAGUUGAUAGGUUCACCUGAUGAUGCUAGCCUUGGUUUUCUGCGAAGUAAUAAUGCCCGAAGAUAUGUUAGACAGCUUCCACAAUACAAAAGGCAAAAUUUCUCAGCUAGGUUUCCCAAUAUGUCUCCAGGAGCUGUUGAUCUACUGGAGAAAAUGCUUGUGUUUGAUCCCAAUAACCGCAUCACUGUCGAUGAGGCUCUUUGUCACUCAUACUUGUCAUCUCUCCAUGACAUCAAUGAUGAGCCUGUCUGCCCCAGGCCUUUUCAUUUUGAUUUUGAGCACCCAUCAUGUACUGAAGAGCACAUCAAAGAGCUGAUCUGGAGGGAAUCAGUGAAGUUCAAUCCGGAUCUACCCUGUUAGGAGAAAAGGAUUAUGCUGCAGAAAGAUGUUGGGAAAUGGAAUUGCUUCUUCGUAAGGUCCUCCAUUCAUCAUUUUCUCGAGAAUACGAACACCACAUUCUUAGAACCUAAAAGCUGAACUUAUUUAAUGAUCACGAAGUUAGCAUAACUUCUGACACAUUUGGGUGCUUAUAUAAAAUGUUAAUGCCUGAAGUGCAUUGUAAAAAGUAGAGUUGAUUAUCGUGAGUACUAGAAUUUGGGAAUUUGAUCUAAGGAGCAAAGCAAGGAUCAUGUGUUGUAUGAUCAUAUGAUGGAUCCAGUAUCUAUUUUUUCCCCUUUAUGAUUCUCCAAUAAAAUUGAGAUGUUAAUAAAAAGUGUUUGUUUUUCA